AUGGUUAGUGGCAAGCUUACUGUACAUCAGCCCAACCUCGUUGUUCUCACUUCAAAGCCUCGUGUUGAGCCCUUGAGCACUGCACCUAAAGCUGGAGCCGAUGCGGUGUUGCGUCCAGUCACUGUGCAGAAGGGAGCUGGUAAAAAAUUCACGCCCGCAGAGAUGGCAAAACGUGAUGAAGCAAAGUAG